AUGUCCUUCCGCAUGACGCACGCGGGGUGGCCGGCCCUUGCGGAGAGGUAGUCUCGCGUCUGGUGGUGUCUGCGCGCGUCACGUCGCGACUCGCGGAAUCGGAGUGCUGCGCGGCUGCGUCCUCCGCGAAGGAUCCGAGCGAGCCGGGUGAAGGACCUCGUCGGGUUAGACGGGACAGCCGCUGGUCCGAGAAAUGUUCGCGUGAAAUGUCGCUGGACGUGCGCCGCGCGGCUUUCUCCCGGCGACGAGCAUUCUCUGGUUAGCGUCGCGAUGUGCGAGGUAUCGAAGGGCCAACGCCGGACGUUCCGCGACCAGGACCCGCCGCGAAUAUGCAACAAGAGCGCGGAGAACCUGCUACGGGACGAGCUCGAAUUCUCGCGCUCGACCCCGAGCUCGCCGACGGCCCUCCAGCGCGCCGUCAGCCUCGAGAAGUGCUUCAGCGAGCCCGAGUUCUUCCAGAAGCAGCGCGAGCUGCUCUCGAAGCACGAGCAGCGGACGAGGGAGAAGGACGGCGACGACGGCGAGGGAAGCGUCGUCACCCCCGGUUCCGCGCGUGGUGACGCGGACGACGAUUCCGGAAGCGCGGCCGACGUCGCGAGCACCGAGGACCUCCCGAGGGAACUCUCCGCCAAAGUGCCUUCCUCUUGCGAUCAGGCGAGCGAGGUAUGCGUGGAAACAAUCGUGACCGAAUGA